AUGUCUAAGCUAGCUAAUAUUUUGAAUGCUUCUAUAAAUCUAUAUAAUUACAAAGAUCCUAAAACAUAUUAUGAACAGCGUAUUCCAUCGGAUGAUAUAAUAAUUUUUAAAAACAUAGAACUAUUGCUGAUCAAUAGAUUACGAACAACCUAUCACUUGGGUCCUAUUCUUGUAUGGGGAAACUUUCUUUUUUGGAUAACAAGUACAAUAAAAAAAAGAUGUGAUAAAAAAGAAAUAACAGAUAAGGCAGAAAAAAUAGUUGAGGAAAUAACAGGUAAGUCAGAAAAAAUAGUUGAGGAAAUAACAGAUAAGGCAGAAAAAAUAGUUGAGGAAAUAACAGGUAAGUCAGAAAAAGUAAUUGAGGAAAUAACAGGUAAGUCAGAAAAAGUAAUUGAGGAUAGAGCAUAUAAGGCAGAAGAAAUAGUUGAGUAUAUAACAGGUAAGGCAGAAGAAAUAGUUGAGUAUAUAACAGGUAAGUCAGAAAAAAACGUUGAAGAAAUAACAGAUAAGUCAGAAAGAAUAGUUGAAGAAAUAACAGACAAUUCAGAAAAAGUAAUUGAAGAAAUAACAGGUAAGUCAGAAGAAAUAGUUGAGUAUAUAACAGGUAAGGCAGAAGAAAUAGUUGAGUAUAUAACAGGUAAGUCAGAAAAAAUAGUUGAGUAUAUAACAGGUAAGUCAGAAAAAAUAGUUGAGUAUAUAACAGGUAAGGCAGAAGAAAUAGUUGAGUAUAUAACAGGUAAGGCAGAAAAAGUAAUUGAGGAAAUAGCAGGUAAGUCAGAAGAAAUAGUUGAGUAUAUAACAGAUAAGAUAAAAAAGGAAUAUGGAUACUAUGUUAGGCAAAAAAUAAUACAGGUACGAAGUUGGACAAAUGAAAUAUAA